UAUAGACAAUUUAGAUUGUGUACUUGCAACACUUACAAUUUAGUUUUAUAGCAAGUAAAUGUAAAAUAUUUUAAAAAUGAAUUUAACGAAUGAAGUGGAAGAGUGUUGUGUCCACAUAGAGAGCCACAAAAUAUCAGAUAGGAAGAAAUAUUGCGACAGGUUAAGUAGUUUGUUAGAAAAUGAGGAAGUUAUAGCCUUUCUCAAUGAAGGUUCUACUGUCUCUUGGAAGCAAGUGAUAUCUUCUGUACAAGACUGUUUAAGAAGAGAUGCCGACAAAAUUGUGGAAGACCUGAAAAAGAAAGGUAGUUCGAAUGCUAAAUAUCCCAGUGCUGAGUUAUUUAUUCAAGUUAUUAAGACUGCUGUUAGGGGAGCACCUGAUGAUAUAAACAUUUCUAAACUAGUAGGAUAUAUAAUAGGGUGCAUGAAGGACUCUCGGAUGAAAAAAUGUUAUGAUGCGAUGCUUUUAUUGGUGCUAAAGGAUUAUAUUUUACUUAAUGCAAAUUGUAGGGGUAGGAUAGCAAGUGCAGAUUGGGCUGAACUGUUUAGAUUUUUAAAAAAAUUAUGUGAAGAAAGAACUCUUGAGACGUUAGUACUUAAAUGUUUGAUGUUAGUGGUGAAAUGGGGACCUGCUUCAGGCCUGCCACCGUGUUUAUUAAGGGAACAGUUUGAAUUUUUUACUAAACUCUGCCUAGGGAUAUCUAAAAAUUCACCUUCUAAUCAACAGGAAGAUGUCUUGGAUAUUUCUUUCGACUUCUGUAGAAACACUGCUAAAGACAAUCGAGUGUCUUGUUGCAAGUUUGGAGAAGACAUAAUUUCAAACUUUGUGGACCUUUAUGAACUCAACGGACGAGAAGCAAGGAUUAAGGAGCAACUUGUGAAGUUUUUUCUUCUACAAGUAUCAAUUCAUCAACCCAAUGGGGUAGUUGAGGGACACCCUUGUGCCUAUGCUUUCAGUUGGUCGAUUUGGAGAAAGUGUUUGAAACUAAUAUAUUGCUUACUUAAUAAAGAAAUCACCUUUUAUUUCAAGUACCAUCAGAAAAACUGCUCAUUUUUCAUCACAAAAGGCAAUUCUACCAUAUUACUGGAAGAUUUCGCCUUGUUAUUUGUUGAAGUUAGUCGUCAGAUGUUCGCAAAUCCAGAUUUGGAUGUAUCUAUGUCUGUAGAUAGCAUUAUAUCAGAGGGCUCUCAAAAACGACAAAGAGUUGAAGUGACUCUACAGAAGUAUGUAAACGACAUACAAAGCACAAAAAGUUGGUUCUGGAUAUAUAUAGUUCAGUGCAUAAUAAGGGCAUAUCCAGAGUUACUUUAUUGGGAGGACUAUUUAAAUUUAUUGCAGACCCUUUCAAGCAUACAAAUAGAGUCGAAUGAUCACAACGUUAUUGUUAACACAUAUUCUUGCCUGUCUGUGAUGUUGGAUAUUGCGGAUAAAGUAGCCAUUGAGGAUUGUAAAUCUGAGGUGGAGAAGUUAUGGAAGGUUAUUGGAGAAAGUACGUUAAGGGCAUUUGGCCUCAAUCAGCACAAAGAAUUAACCGAAACCCUUCUCAGACAGCUCAUCCCCAGAAAGAUAGUAGACCUGGAUACUAUCCUUCAAACUUACACAUCAGGCAUCUUGAACACUUCUGUGGAGAGCAUAAAAACUUUGGAAACUGUAUUAAAGCAAUUACAUUUUGCAAAAUUAGACAAUUCCGAAAAAGAAAAGUUAAUGAACUCCAUAUUAAAUUCACAAAGCUUAAAAGAUUAUGACUACCUUUCCCACUUGACAACUGCUAGGUUCCUUGUCAACUUAACCUUAAGGCAGUGGCCUAAUGUUGACUCUGACAAACAUAUAGAAGAAAAAUAUUCAGAGAAAUAUGGCGAUAUUAAAGACAUUUAUUUCAAAAGCAUUCUUGAAAGGAAUAUUUGUAUGCCAAAUAAAAAUGACAAAAAACACGUGAAGGACAUGACAUUCCACAUGGAUUUAAAGACUUUUGAGAUUUUCACGAACAUCGUGCGAAAUUUUGUAGACGCAAUCAACUCACAAUCCAUAGAAUUGUUGUUAAACGUAAUAGUUUUGUUAAUAAACGUAACGAAUUUCAUGCUGAAAUACAGAAUUUUGGAAGAAUCAGUUAUAAACAGUUCUUUAAUGAUGAAGUUGGUAGAGAGAAUUUUAAAUUACGGCGCUUUGAAGAAAUUCCAGUUUUACCAAAGCAAAAGUGAUAGAGAGAAGAAAAGACUGCUCGAGUGUGUCACAAUAUUAGAUAAAAUAUUUUCCUAUAAUAAUAAUUGUGUUUUAUCGUCAAGAACUAAGGAAAUCGUUCCUUUUGAUCUUUUGAAGACGUUGGUUGGAGUUCUGAAUGAUCUACAAGAUGAACAAGAAGGAACAUCCGAACUAAAAUUUGAGCUGAAAAAAGCGCUCACUAAGGCCUUAUCUAGUUUUAGUUGUGUAUCGAGUACAAAUUUAAACCAAAAUCAGAAUAAUAUAUUGGAAGUUUUGGCCAUGCCGAAUUACAAUUGCAAUAUAGAGGGAGAUUACAAAUUGCUGCUUACAUUCUUGGAAGGACUUAAGUACUCGAAAACUGGAAUCAUACCAGACAAGGUACUUGGCAAUAUCUUAAAAUCCGUUGAAGAAAUGUGUAUUGCCAGGUAUCACUCUAGUGAUAGCGCUGUUGAAAUUCUUAAUACACUUAAUGUGCUUUAUCCACAUUUCGCCGCAGGAAGCGACGAUAGCGAUAAAGUUGCCUUGGUGGCUUUGUUGAAACCUUUCUAUGAAAAACGUGAAGAAUAUGGACCGGACGUGAGUUUAGCUUUGCUGAAUUGUAUAGGGCAACUAAUUGAGGUGGACUCGGAAAAUAAAUUUUCGCGUUGGUCUGGCGUAAAUGUCGUGUACCAUGUACCUGAUUUUCUCUGUAGCGAUUACCAGGAAAUUAGGUUUAAAGCUAUAGAAACGUUGGUUAUAUUCUUCCGAGUAAUGUCGAAGAGUAAUCAGUUAAGAGACUUCCACCGGCAAGAAGAAAUCUUUUCCAAAAUGUAUGAAAAGAGUCUCGAGGUAUUUGAGGUUAGUGGAGAAAUAACACAAGAAAGAAGAACGGACGAAAUUAUCUCACGAACGGCUAGCGUGUUACAUUCAUUUUCUAGUUUAGUUCUGUGCACCAACUGUUGGAUCGAAGAGUCCCUUUACGUUUUAGUAAAGCUUACGUAUAUAAAGAAUUUAGGUUCGGUUAACAAAAUCUUGGAUGUAAUAAACAAAUAUUUAUAUGGCGAAGCGGAAACAAAUUGUAUGGAAAAGUAUUUGGACUACUUGCUCGAAAAGUGGUUGACCGAACGACGCGUUAUCGAUAAUUUUCCUUUUAAACUUUUGAACUGUGAAACAAAAUUAGAAUUCUAUUCUAAGUAUUUUAACACAUGCAUACCGUUACUCAUUGUAACCGAUAGGAAAGAUUUAAUUACCACUGCCAAAGAGAUGGGAUUUAGUGAAAAAGAAAUCGUGCAGAAAUCUUGUGCAAAAAUUUUUGGACGUGCCUUGUGCGACGAUAUAGAAAAUAUGGACACGAUAAUGUCGACAAAUAAAAUUCUCAUGUAUUACAGCCAAGUAGUUGGAUUAGAUGGCUUUAAAAAAAUCCUGAUCGAUAACUUAGACCAAUCGUUGCUUUGCAUUUUACGAUUCCUGACCGACGAACAAUACAUCUUGGAAAAUUUUGGGGAAACCGUUAUAUUCUCUCAAAAAAAUAUGUCAUUGCGUCAGUUAGAAAUUUGCUUAAAAUUUAUUGAGUCGUUUUUAUGUGAUGGUACAAGCAUCGUGACGUUUUUACUGGAAAACGAUCUCAGUAAAUUCGAAAAAGUUCUACUGGUUCUAAAAACGGAUCUGUAUAGUGCCUGCACAACAGAAAACAAGCUGAAAUCAUUCCAUCGAUAUACGGCUUGGAUAAACAUCGUAGUAAACAGUUUAGAAGUUGAAACAAACUGUCAAUAUUUUUUUAUCAGAGACACAAUCUACACUCUGAUAAAUUUAAUCGAAAAUCACAAGGAAACUGUGAGCUUUAUCACAGCCGUUAGCAACUUCACGGCUUCAUUCCUAAAGAACAUUUUACCCAAAUUCAGCGAAACUUUCGAGCAAUUUUUAAUUUUCACUGUAAAUUCCUUGAAAAAUUAUGCCGUCACGUUAAACGUGGUGUCUGACAAAUGCGUAGAAAUUCUCCAUUUUCUAAUUGUCCAGAAUGCCUGUCACUUGAUGAAAGCAAUCGAAAAAUUGGACAAAUUUCCACAAGACCCUAAAUUCGACAGUGUUCGAAACGUUCACACAAAAAUCAAGUACGAGAAUGCGGAAGCGUCCCUAGAGGACGAGAUUAACUUCUUUCUGCAGCAUGAAGAUGAUUCCACUAGACAAGACAGUUUGGUUCACUUAAGGAGUCUCUUGUCCAAGGAAAAGGAACAGUUGAAAGCCUUGUACGAGAAGCUCGACAAUAUCAGAGGCUUCUCUGAGGACUGCGAGAAGAGCUCUUUGCACAAACUUGUCUGCAUGUUGGCUAAAAUGAGUUGUUCUACAAACGAAGCUAUGAGAUUCGAGGCAAUAAAAUGUCUGGGAGAGUUGGGGCCUUCUAAUUUAACUACUCUCGUAUUACAACCUGAGAAAGAGGUCUUGGACAUAAAAUGUUCCCCGUUCGAACUCCUCACUGGCCAUAUUAUAUCCUUAUUGACCGAAUACAUAGUCGAUGCUGAUAUUAAUGUAGCAAAGACUGCUAGCGAAGCUUUUUAUCUCGUUUUGGACUCGAAGGAAGGCAGAAAAAUCGCAGGUUCAGAAGUAAACUUUGGAUAUGGCAAUAUUGAUAGAAAGAACUUUGCUCCGUACCUCCCAAAGAGUAAAUCUUCCCCCACUUCAAACACGGCAGUGCAUACAAAUUUAUUUGUGAACAAAAUUAAUGAAGACAAAUUAUGGUGCGGAGAUGGCGUUAUUUGCCAUAGAAAAUGGAUUAUCUCUUUGGUGACGUCACUGUUAGAAACCUUCACGAACAAAUCGUAUUUACCAGAAUUGAUCCCGUUGUGCAAAGUUGUGCCUGCAUUGUGUGAAAAACUCUUGCCUCUUCUAGUGAACUUACUUUUGUAUUCAACCGAUAAGAACAUACAUGAAAUUUUGUCCCUGAAAAUAAACUGCUUCUUUUCAAGACAUUGGAGCCUUACAGUGCCAAAAUAUACCGCGCAGAAUUCCAUUACCAUCAACAAAAAAUCGGUAAAAUGCAUGUUGGACGUAGUCGGGUUUGUAAGACUUCAAAGAAGUUACGCUGCCAAAUCUAAAAUGAGGCAAUCUGGGAGUUUGGAAUUGAACUACUUAAAAGUUGCGAAAGCUGCAGAAUUUUGUGCCGCUCAUUUCUCUGCACUUCUCUAUUCGGAAUUGUGGUGUCAAGCUAAGAUACAGGAACUUGAAAAUUGCCAAAAAACAGCCGAUUAUUUGAUCGGUUCGACAAUGCUGGACUUCAUUUACGAAAAUGAAGAGGAAUGUGUGGGGGAGGCGUUACAGAACAUCCUGAGAAACGCGUAUAAAGCUAUAGGUGACUUGGACGCUCUGCCUGGUUGUGGCGUACAAUUCCUUUUGAAACCCCAGUUCCGAGUAGAACAUUACAAGGAACUGGGCAAUUGGGACCAAGUGAACCAGUUUUACGAGACCCAGAUUUCACAUGGUGUGAAAUCCGCUAGGAAAGACCUCAUAGAAAGCUUAAAGAAAUGCAGUUUGUACCAAUUACCGCUUCUCUGUUCCAAACAAACGGACGAAUCCCAAUACGAAUGCUUGUGGAGGUUAGGUCAAUGGAGCACGAUCGAUAAGAGUUUCGAUUUCACAGAAAACUCGUUUGUGCCAGAGGACUUUGAAAAAUAUAGGUUUUACUCGUUGAAAGCUCUGCAUGAGAAAAACGAGUACGCUUACGCGGAAGCUAAAAAAUCCCAGGCUUUGUGUGUUAUAGAACAUCUCCGUCACAUAAGUCUGGAGAGCAGUCAAAACAUCUACCCGAUUCUCACCCAGCUUCAAGCGCUUAACGAAUUGGAAGAUUUUGAGUGUGCCGUUAAAUCUAACGAGUUUAUUUCACUUUUGAAUAAGUGGGACUUGCAAGACGAUCUCGUUAAGACCAACGAUUUUCAUUAUGUCGAACCCAUAAUAGCGCAGAGAACUGUUAUGUUGAUGGACUACUUGAAAAACCACCAGGACGAUACUUUGAAAACUUAUCUGGUUAAAAUGCUGCUAAAUUUUGCUGAUUUAGCGAAACGAGAGAAACAGUUUAAUAUUGCUUCAACGAGUUUGAGCCACUUACAGUUCAUGUCCGACUUGAGCGACGACUUACAGAUGCAGAUUCAAUUGAUGGACGCUCAGAUAUCCUGGUCGCUCAACAAUAAACUAAUAGCGCAUCACAUUCUAAAUAAACUUUGCAAGAAUGAAAGUAUAAGUAACAGACUGCAAUCUGCGGCUUUAAAGUUGUAUGGCGAGUACAUGAGCGAAACGUUCUCGGAAAGCAGAAUAACUAUAAUCACCGAUUAUUUUCUCAAAUCCACGAAAUUAAUGAAUAACGUCGAGAAAAAUCAAGAAGAUUGCAUAAAUAUCUUGGACACGUAUGAUAAAUUAGCCGAGUUUGCCGAUAAGGGAUACCAACAGGUUAUGACAUACAUGAAGUCUGAUCUCUUCCAAAGGAAAGUGAUCAACAUGGAAAAAUCAAAAGAAACCGCUUCGAAAAUUCAAAAACAAAGUAGGAAAACCAAAGAUGAGUUUAUAGCUGCAAACAUCCACGUUAAGCAGAGCAACAUCGACGCGAUCGAGAUUGAAAAUGCAAAACAAGAACGAAAUCAGUUCUUAAAAAUAGCCUUGAGAUAUUACUUCCUGAAUUUGAAACAUACCGACAAGAACAACAUUAAAAUAUUUCGGAUAAUGUCUCUGCUGUUUGAAAAUAAAAACAACCAACUUGUAUCCGAUACCCAGAUAGAUAUAUUGCCUAGUUACAAAUACAUCACGAUGCUGCCGCAGUUAAUACCACACAUCACGGAAAACGAUACUGAUUUGUACGGUAGGAAAGUCAACGAAAUCGUAGAGAAAUGUGCCGUAGAACAUCCACAUCACACGCUGCCUCUCCUUCUGUCUUUGGCUAAUGCGCACAAGGAUCGGGAGUUCAGCGAUUCCAAAACGAAAACUUCUUCGAAUGACGCCAGGGUAUCCACAGCAAACAAGAUGAUUAAAAAAUUAAAGAUCACAGAUGUGCUUCGUAGGCACAUUAAUAAGUUGGAACAGUUGUCCCAAGCUCUGAUAGAAUUGGCUUAUUAUCACGACAGCAACGCGGACGACAAACAGAAAGUGUUCAAGAUUCCGAGGAACCAGAAGAUCAUGAGGAUUCAGAACUUCGAUGACAUUUUGUUGCCGACACAUAAUUUGCCCGUCAGUAAGACUUGCAACUAUUCGAGUGUAGUUGGUAUAACAUCUUUCGGUAGUGAAUACCACCCCGUCGGAGGAGUAAACUGCCCUAAAAGGAUAACUUGUCGCGGUACGGAUGGAGAAAUAAGAUCGCAGCUUUUGAAGGGGCACGACGACCUCCGUCAGGACGCGGUUAUGCAGCAGGUGUUCACUAUAAUGAAUAAUUUGCUGGCUACUAACAAACAGACCAGGAAUCUUCUUAUAAGGACUUACAAGAUCGUGCCGCUGUCGAUGAGAAGUGGAAUAUUGCAAUGGGUAGACAAUAGUAUGCUUAUCGGGGAUUAUCUAAUCGGUAAAGAUAAGGAAAUUGGUGCCCAUCAGAUAUACCGACCUAACGACAAACCACCAUUGACUUGUAAGUCAAUGAUAAGGAGAUGUGCCGACAAAAGUCCCGAAGAGAGACUUGCUACAUUCAAAACCAUUUGUAAAAUCUUUAAGCCCGUAUUCCACAAAUUCUUCGAGACCUCCUUUCCCCAUCCGACUAUCUGGUAUGAGCGACGUAGGGCAUACAUUCACAGCGUCGCCACUACCAGUAUGUGCGGGUAUAUUUUGGGCAUCGGAGACCGUCACGUUAGCAACAUUCUUAUAGACAAAACCACUGCUGAAGUGAUACACAUAGAUUUCGGUAUCGCUUUUGAACAGGGAAGAGUGUUGCCCACGCCAGAAACCGUGCCGUUCAGGCUAACGAGAGAUAUCAUUGAUGGAAUGGGGGUGUCCGGAGUAGAGGGUAUUUUUAGAAGGUCAUGUGAAAAAACGAUGGAGGUGCUCCGACAAAACUCUCAAACUAUCAUCACAAUACUGGAGGUUCUGCUUUACGAUCCUCUGUAUGUAUGGACUGUCACCUCGGCAGAGGCCAACAAACGUCAAACUGACGAUGAAAACGAUAUAAGGAAUUUGUCGUCUGAAAUUGAGGAAGAAAACACUACUGUGAACAUUACAGCCGAGCGAGCUCUUCUGCGACUCAAAGAAAAGCUGCAGGGCAACGAACUGGGUCAUUCGACGAGUAUCGAACACCAAGUCGCCACUUUAAUUCAGCAGGCCGUUGAUCCAGCUAAUUUAUGCAGGUUGUUCCAUGGCUGGCAGGCAUAUUUGUAAUUAGUUUGUUGUAAAUGUAGCUUUUGUUGAGUUAUGUAUUUGUUACCAAAUUUUUACAAUUUAUCUUGUUUAGUGUUUUUUUGUGUAAGCUCGUUUCGUUUUAUACUGAUAGUUAAGUCAA